AUGGCAAAUGGCAGGAGCAAGUUGUCCGAUCGCAAUUUGCUGCAAGCUGCUUGUCAUGAGUUCCAGAAGGUGGACACCUACCACCGUGGCCUGAUCACCUCGGCCAACUUCGCCAAGGCUCUUGGAACUCUGGGCUUGAAAUAUGGACAGCCGGAGGUGGAUGAGAUUCUGCAGUAUUGCACUGUCACAGAUGAUGGAUAUGUCCACUACAAGGAGCUGCACAACGUGCUGUCGCCAGAUCAGCCCCGAGCAAAGCAGAGCAGCAUGAAGACCACCAUUUAUCCAAGUGAGGCUUCAGAAAUGAUGGCUUCGAGUGGCGAACGCAAUGGGUUUUAUGUAGCCAAGACGGAAGACAUUCGCAAGGUCUUUGCACUGUGGGAGAGGGGGCGAAUCUCCAGUGAACAGUUCAAGGAAGCAUUGCAAAGGUGUGGUGCACCGAUGACCGCGGAGCUGGACCGGCUUCUCCUUAUGUAUGGUCCUGCGAGAUCGAUGCCCUUCAGCAAGCUGAUGUAUGCCUUGCAGAUCGACGCUAACGAUGGAAGAAGAGCUCGAAAUGCGAGAUCUUUGGAUUGUGAGAGCCGGUUCAAGCCGGUUCAAGCGUGCCCUCGAAAUUUGGAGUUUGAGUUUGCAAGUUCAUCCCGGUUCAGCAUGCUCAUCCCAGGCACGGUGUUGCAGCCACGCCUUUCGAUCAAGUUUCUCAGCUCAAGGAUGCCUGUCGAUGCCGUGAGGUUUUUUCAACCUGAAACAUGGUGCUGA